CACUUCUCUACCGAGAGGCACCGCGUAGAGCAAACGAGGCCCCUGAGAGCUCCACCUAGUUCACAGGAUAAUAUCCCACAGCAGAACUUGGAGUCAGCAAUGGCUAAACCCCAGGUGGUUGUAGCUCCUGUAUUAAUGUCUAAGCUGUCUGUGAACGCUCCUGAAUUUUAUCCAUCAGGUUAUUCUUCUAAUUAUACAGAAUCCUAUGAAGAUGGUUGUGAGGAUUAUCCCACUCUAUCAGAAUAUGUUCAGGAUUUUUUGAAUCAUCUCACAGAACAGCCUGGCAGUUUUGAAACUGAAAUUGAGCAGUUUGCAGAGACCCUGAAUGGCUGGGUUACUACAGAUGAUGCUUUGCAAGAACUUGUAGAACUCAUCUAUCAACAGGCCACAUCUAUCCCAAAUUUCUCUUACAUGGGAGCUCGCCUGUGUAAUUACCUGUCCCAUCAUCUGACAAUUAGCCCACAGAGUGGCAACUUUCGUCAGUUGCUGCUUCAAAGGUGUCGGACUGAAUAUGAAGUUAAAGAUCAAGCUGCCAAGGGGGAUGAAGUGACUCGAAAACGAUUCCAUGCAUUUGUACUCUUCCUGGGAGAACUUUAUCUUAACUUGGAGAUCAAGGGAACAAAUGGACAGGUUACAAGAGCAGAUAUUCUUCAGGUUGGUCUGCGGGAGUUGCUGAAUGCCCUCUUUUCCAAUCCUAUGGAUGACAACUUAAUUUGUGCAGUAAAGUUACUGAAGUUGACAGGGUCAGUUUUGGAAGAUGCUUGGAAGGAAAAAGGAAAGACUGAUAUGGAGGAAAUUAUUCAGAGAAUUGAAAAUGUUGUCCUAGAUGCAAAUUGCAGCAGAGAUGUGAAACAGAUGCUCUUGAAGCUUGUAGAACUCCGGUCAAGUAACUGGGGUAGAGUCCAUGCAACUUCAACAUACAGAGAAGCAACACCUGAAAAUGAUCCUAAUUAUUUUAUGAAUGAACCAACAUUUUAUACCUCUGAUGGUGUUCCUUUCACUGCAGCUGAUCCAGAUUACCAAGAGAAAUAUCAAGAGUUACUUGAAAGAGAAGAUUUUUUUCCAGAUUAUGAAGAAAAUGGGACAGAUUUAUCAGGGGCUGGUGAUCCAUACUUGGAUGAUAUUGAUGAUGAGAUGGACCCAGAGAUAGAAGAAGCUUAUGAAAAGUUUUGUUUGGAAUCAGAGCGUAAGCGAAAACAGUAAAGCUAAAUUUCAACAUAUCAGUUUUAUAAAGCAGUUUAGGUUAUGGUGAUUUAGCAGAACACAGGAAAGCAGGAAAAUGUGUCACACUUAUACCAAAUUAAGGAUGUUGAGUUAUGUUACUAAUGUAUGCAACUUUAAUUUUGUUUAACACUAUCUGCCAAAAUAAACUUUAUUCCCUAUAACUUAAAAUGUGUAUAUAUA